AUGUUUAUUGAUGUGUACAUGAACUUGAUUGUUUUCUGCAUUUUAAAGAAUUCUAAAGGAUUGGAGAAUCUAGCUCUGCGGAAACAUGCCGUCCAGUCCUCAAAUCAUCGAAUAGCAUGGGAAGCCAAUAAGGCCGUGGACGGGGACAAGAGUACCUCCGUGUAUCAUAAUUCAUGUGCAGUGACUCAGACCCGUCAGUCUAAUGCUUCCUGGUAUGUAGACCUGGAGAAGGUAGUGGGAAUCCAUCAUGUCACGAUUUACUACAGAAAGGAACAAGACUGGGAAACCCAUUAUAGAGGAAGAUUUGCAGGAUUUUCCCUGUACGUAUCUAACAGCACAGACCGACAUCACGGCAGUCUUUGUUAUCAUGACCAACAGAACAGACCAGGAUACCCGACCCCCACCAUGACACUGCAGUGUAACACGUGGGGAAGAUAUGUCAUCAUUUACAAUGAAAGAAAUCCGGAAUUCACAUAUCCUACAUUUUAUUCAAACAUGGCCAUCUUAGAAUUGUGUGAGGUUGAAGUUUACGGUUGUCCUAACACUCUACAGAAGGAAGGGGAGUGCGUGGAUUGUCCCUCCACGUGUAAAGACGGUCACUGUAAUGAAACAAGGGGCACCUGCUUGUCCUGUUCUAAGGGCUUUAGUGGUGAUUACUGCAAUGAAACUUGUGGACCAGGUAGUCAUGGACAUCGCUGUUCUGGUGAUUGUGGAUUUUGCAGAGACGGAGAACCAUGUGAUCACGUAACAGGAUUUUGUUUAAAUGGAUGCGCAAAUGGAAUGCGAGGAGAUAAAUGUAAAGAUGUCUGUCAACCUGGCACGUAUGGACCAAAUUGUACAAAAGAAUGUGGGAUUUUCUGUAAAAGAUCACGUGUUUGUCAUCACGUGACAGGAAAAUGUCAAAAUGGAUGUAAACAAGGCUUCAGUGGAGAUACGUGCGAAGAUGCUGAAGGAUUACCUGUCAGUGUUGAUUUUAUAUAUGGUUUACUAGUAAUGAUCAUAGCUGUUUUCGUCAUGAAUGUUGUAUUCUUCACUGUGUUCUUGGUUAGGAGAUUUAGAAAGAAAACUAACCACAUCGUAACAAUAAAUUUUAAACAUCCAAAAUAUACAUUUGACAACAAGGCGUUCAAGGACGAAGGUGAAGUUUACUACAGUGAACAACUGCAGGAGCUCAAUGGUCUCGUUACAAAUAUCUACGAUGGAUAUGAAAACACUUCAUAAAGCUUUCAAAAAGCAUUCAUGGAACAUUCAUGCUCCUUGACAAAGAGUUUAUUUCAGUGUAUUAUAAAAAGUCUGCCUCUCCAUGAUUUGUAUAUCUUUUGAGACUAUUAAUGAAAUCAUUUAUAAAUAAUUGAUUAAUUAUUAUAUUAUUGAUGAUACAAUAAUAUAUCAGUUGUUAAAAAGCAUAAGAAUAUAUG